GGGGGGAGGGGCGUCAAGAUGGCGGCGGGGAGGUAGGCAGAGCCGGACGCCGCUGCUGCCGCCGCCACCGCCGCCUCCGCUCCAGUCGCCUCUAGUUCUUCAAGCUCUCGCCACCCGGGAGAAGCUGUUCCGGCGUCGGAUCCCGCGGGGAAAAUGGUGGAGCCAGGGCAAGAUUUACUGCUUGCUGCUUUGAGUGAGAGUGGAAUUAGUCCGAAUGACCUCUUUGAUAUUGAUGGUGGAGAUGCAGGGCUUGCAACUCCAACACCUACUCCUCCAGUUCAGCAGUCAGUGCCACUUAGUGCGUUAGAAUUGGGUUUGGAGACUGAAGCAGCAGUUCCUGUUAAACCAGAACAAGAGACAGUACCUACUCCAGCACUGUUAAAUGUUAGGCAGCAGCCUCCAUCUACUACAACAUUUGUGCUGAAUCAAAUAAAUCAGCUUCCGACCUUGGGAUCUACAAUUGUAAUGACUAAAACACCGCCUGUAACAACGAAUAGGCAGACCAUCACAUUAACAAAGUUUAUCCAGACUACUGCAAACACACGCCCUUCAGUCUCAGCACCAGCAGUACGAAAUGCCAUGACCUCUGCACCCUCAAAAGACCAGGUUCAGCUGAAGGAUCUACUAAAAAAUAAUAGUCUGAACGAACUCAUGAAACUGAAGCCACCAGCUAAUAUCGCUCAGCCAGUUGCAACAGCAGCUACUGAUGUAAGCAAUGGUACGGUAAAGAAGGAGUCUUCUAAUAAAGAAGUAGCGAGAAUAUGGAUAAACGACAUGAAAAUGAGGAGUUUUUCCCCAACCAUGAAGGUCCCUGUUGUGAAAGAGGAAGAUGAACCAGAGGAGGAAGAUGAAGAAGAAAUGGGUCAUGCAGAAACCUACGCAGAAUAUAUGCCAAUAAAAUUAAAAAUUGGCCUACGUCAUCCAGAUGCUGUAGUGGAAACUAGUUCUUUAUCCAGUGUUACUCCUCCUGAUGUUUGGUACAAAACAUCCAUUUCUGAAGAAACCAUUGAUAAUGGCUGGUUAUCAGCGUUACAGCUUGAGGCAAUUACUUAUGCAGCGCAGCAACAUGAAACAUUCCUACCUAAUGGAGAUCGUGCUGGCUUCUUAAUAGGUGAUGGUGCUGGUGUAGGAAAAGGAAGGACGAUAGCAGGAAUCAUCUAUGAAAAUUAUUUGUUGAGUAGAAAAAGAGCAUUAUGGUUCAGUGUUUCAAAUGACUUGAAGUAUGAUGCUGAAAGAGAUUUGAGGGAUAUUGGAGCAAAAAACAUUUUGGUUCAUUCAUUAAAUAAGUUUAAAUAUGGAAAAAUUUCUUCCAAACAUAACGGGAGCGUGAAAAAGGGUGUUAUUUUUGCUACCUAUUCUUCCCUUAUUGGUGAAAGUCAGUCUGGUGGUAAAUACAAAACUAGAUUAAAACAACUUCUGCAUUGGUGUGGUGAUGACUUUGAUGGAGUGAUAGUCUUUGACGAAUGCCAUAAAGCAAAAAACUUAUGUCCUGUUGGUUCUUCGAAGCCAACCAAGACAGGCUUGGCAGUUUUAGAGCUUCAGAACAAAUUGCCAAAGGCCAGAGUUGUUUAUGCUAGUGCCACUGGUGCUUCUGAACCACGAAACAUGGCCUAUAUGAACCGUCUUGGAAUAUGGGGUGAGGGAACUCCAUUUAGAGAAUUCAGUGAUUUUAUCCAAGCAGUAGAACGGAGAGGUGUUGGUGCCAUGGAAAUAGUUGCUAUGGAUAUGAAACUUAGAGGAAUGUACAUUGCUCGACAGCUGAGCUUUACUGGAGUGACCUUCAAAAUUGAGGAAGUUCUUCUUUCUCAGAGCUAUGUGAAAAUGUAUAACAAAGCAGUCAAGCUGUGGGUCAUUGCCAGAGAGCGAUUUCAGCAAGCUGCAGAUCUGAUUGAUGCUGAGCAACGCAUGAAGAAAUCCAUGUGGGGUCAGUUCUGGUCUGCUCACCAGAGAUUUUUCAAAUACUUGUGUAUAGCAUCCAAAGUUAAAAGGGUUGUGCAACUAGCUCGAGAAGAAAUCAAGAAUGGAAAAUGUGUCGUAAUUGGUCUGCAGUCAACAGGAGAAGCUAGAACAUUAGAAGCCUUGGAGGAGGGUGGAGGAGAAUUGAAUGAUUUUGUUUCAACUGCCAAAGGAGUGUUGCAGUCACUAAUUGAAAAACACUUCCCUGCUCCAGAUCGAAAAAAACUGUAUAGUUUGUUAGGAAUUGAUUUGACAGCUCCAAGUAACAAUAGUUCACCAAGAGAUAGUCCUUGUAAAGAAAAUAAAGUGAAGAAGCGGAAAGGUGAAGAAAUAACCCGAGAAGCCAAAAAAGCACGAAAAGUAGGUGGCCUUACUGGUAGCAGUUCUGAUGACAGUGGGAGUGAAUCUGACGCGUCUGACCAUGAAGAAAGUGACUAUGAGAGCUCAAAAAACAUGAGUUCCGGAGACGAUGAUGACUUCAACCCGUUCAGAGAUGAGUCUAGUGAGGAUGACGAAGACGAUCCCUGGUUAAUCAGGAAAGAUCACAAGAAAAACAAAGAUAAAAAAAAAAAGAAAAGUAUAGAUCCAGAUUCUAUUCAAAGUGCCUUAUUAGCAUCAGGUCUUGGAUCAAAACGACCUAGUUUUUCAUCUACGCCAGUAAUUUUGCCUGCUCCUAACAGUGCACCAGCCAACAGUAACACCAACAGUAACAGUAGCCUUAUAACAAGUCAGGAUGCUGUGGAAAGAGCCCAGCAGAUGAAGAAAGACCUACUUGAUAAACUAGAAAAAUUAGCUGAAGACCUCCCUCCUAAUACCCUGGAUGAACUUAUUGAUGAACUUGGUGGCCCUGAGAAUGUUGCUGAGAUGACUGGCCGCAAAGGGAGGGUUGUAAGCAAUGAUGAUGGAAGCAUAUCUUAUGAGUCAAGAUCUGAACUUGAUGUCCCUGUGGAAAUACUAAAUAUUACAGAAAAACAAAGAUUUAUGGAUGGAGAUAAGAAUAUUGCUAUCAUCUCAGAAGCUGCCAGCUCGGGCAUUUCAUUACAAGCAGAUCGGAGAGCUAAAAAUCAAAGGCGACGGGUUCACAUGACUUUGGAAUUACCCUGGAGUGCUGAUAGAGCAAUUCAGCAGUUCGGACGGACUCAUAGAUCAAACCAAGUCACUGCUCCCGAAUAUGUGUUUCUGAUUUCUGAAUUGGCAGGAGAGCAAAGAUUUGCUUCUAUUGUUGCUAAAAGACUUGAGAGUUUGGGAGCACUUACACAUGGUGACAGAAGAGCAACAGAAUCUAGAGAUCUGAGCAGGUUCAAUUUUGAUAAUAAGUAUGGAAGAAACGCUUUAGAAAUUGUCAUGAAAUCUAUUGUCAACCUGGAUUCUCCUAUGGUAUCACCACCUCCGGACUAUCCUGGAGAAUUCUUUAAAGAUGUUCGACAAGGACUGAUAGGAGUUGGCCUGAUAAAUGUAGAAGAUCGCUCAGGAAUUCUGACUCUAGAUAAAGAUUAUAAUAACAUAGGAAAAUUCUUAAACAGAAUUCUCGGCAUGGAGGUGCACCAGCAGAAUGCGCUCUUUCAGUAUUUUGCAGACACACUUACAGCCGUUGUUCAGAAUGCCAAAAAAAAUGGAAGAUAUGAUAUGGGAAUUUUAGAUCUUGGUUCUGGAGAUGAAAAAGUGAGGAAAAGUGAUGUUAAGAAGUUUUUGACUCCAGGGUAUUCAACCUCUGGUCAUGUAGAGUUAUACACUAUUAGUGUAGAGAGAGGAAUGUCUUGGGAGGAAGCUACCAAGAUUUGGGCUGAGCUGACAGGACCAGAUGAUGGCUUUUACUUGUCACUGCAAAUAAGGAACAACAAGAAAACUGCCAUCUUGGUUAAAGAAGUGAACCCAAAAAAGAAGCUUUUCUUAGUUUAUAGACCAAAUACUGGAAAACAGCUCAAAUUAGAAAUUUAUGCUGAUCUAAAAAAGAAAUAUAAGAAGGUAGUCUCAGAUGAUGCCCUGAUCCACUGGUUAGAUCAGUAUAAUUCAUCUGCAGACACUUGUACUCAUGCUUAUUGGCGUGGCAACUGUAAAAAGGCAAGCUUGGGAUUAGUUUGUGAAAUAGGUCUUCGUUGCCGCACAUACUACGUAUUAUGUGGCUCCGUACUGAGUGUCUGGACAAAGGUUGAGGGUGUUCUAGCAUCUGUCAGUGGCACAAAUGUGAAAAUGCAGAUUGUUCGACUGAGAACAGAGGAUGGACAACGGAUUGUAGGUUUGAUCAUUCCUGCAAAUUGUGUGUCUCCUCUUGUAAAUCUCCUGUCAACUUCAGACCAGUCUCAACAGCUUGCGGUCCAACAGAAACAGCUCUGGCAGCAGCGUCACCCGCAGAGCAUCGCCAACUUGAGCAACGCUUAAGAACAGACAGGUUUCAACAUGGAUGUAUCUGAAAUGCUGUUGAAGCAUAUCAUUUGCAUAAAAAUCAGGGACAGUUUCCAAAGAAUUAUAAUUUUUUUCAGUUGUGCUCUCUCUAGUUAAUUUUUUUGGGAAUAAGGACAAACCUGGAAUAGAUAGCAAAACUGAAAAUCAGCAGUGCCGAUGGUGGUACAUAUGUCUUUCCUUUGCUUUUCCCAUGGUACUUCCCAUAUGCUUUUACUUUGGGUGAGCAGAGGGGUAUGUAUGCGUGCGUGUGUCUGUUUGUUUGUGAGUUUGUUAAAGGCUACAAACCACAAUUGGUUUAAAAAUGCUUGGAACUUCCCAAACUGGCUUUACUUUUAUGUUACACAGUGCUCAGGGUUAACGCAGUACAUCCAUGCAAUUGCUGUGGGACUUAUCCCCAGAUGCAUGUGUUUUGAGUCUAUAAAUAUAGAAAAUAUAUAUUGGUUUCUUUUUCCAACUUAUUAAACAAUAGGUUUAUUAAAGCAUGAAAUGAAAGGUUGCAUAUCAUGCAUUCGGGUUCUUUUUUAGUUUUUGUUCUGACAGUGCAUGUCUUUGAAAGCAUGCGUAAACAAGAUGAAAACAAGUCAAGUAACGGAGAGAAACAUUUGUAGAUGUACAGCAUUGGUUAUUGCAUUUUUAUAGUGUUUAUACCUGGGUAUUGCUUCUCACCCGGCGGAUUCCCCUCACCCUCUUCUCCCUGCCCCAGGUUUCUUGUCAAGGUAAUGAGUAUAUACAUUUUUUUGGUGGUAAAACUCUGAAAGUUAAUUUUAAUGUAUUAAUAGUAUUCCUAAUGUGUGCUGCAAAAAUGGCUACAAGCCUGCUUUUCUUAAAACUACAUUUUCCUUAACUUAAAGAUCGUUUUAGAAAGAAGUACAAAUCGGCUUCCAUCUUGCAAACAAUCUUUUUUUACUCCAUUAUCUUAAUUUGUCACUCAUAAAAAAGGAAACCGUACUUGAGCUGUAAACUAGACAAUGAGGAAACACUUGAGGCUUCUGCUGUAUGUUUAUUUCUUGUUGUUAUUGUUGUUACCCAGUAACUUGAAUAUCGUUUAAUGUGUUGUAAGACAUUGUAGAGUUUAUCUCAAGCUGUUAAAAAUGGUAAUGUACAAAUGUGAAUAGACACUUAUCUAUAAUAUGGGUAAGUUUUGUUUCGCCUAUAAUAGAUGUUUAUGAAACAAGUGAGGGGACAAUUGGGUUUUUUUGUUUCCUUUUGUUUUCCUUUCCCUUUGUUUUGCCUGCACAGGUUGCACUAUUGAAAAAUUGAGAUUGUAUAAACCUGGUCAAAAGCUGCAAGAUACCACAGUCUUGUAGAUGUCAAAUAAAAAGUUGUUCUACUAACCAGAAGUGGACUCUUGCUUAGGCCCUCACCACCUUCAGAGGCAGAGUCUGUGACGGGGAUUCUGCAGAACUGGCGUGUUACGCGGCACUCCAGGCAGCCUUUUUGGGCUUAAAACCUACCCCUCAAAACUGAGAUGGUGUCGAGAAAGGGGUGUAGCGAUAGUCGUUUUGAAUGUUUCUCAAGUUGAAUUGUUCUCCUUUGUCACUUUUGAAACUUCUUGCAGAAUCAGGCAAGAUGUCUGUUCGGUGAUGGCUAGGGCUUUCAUCUUCCUGUGUUUCUUUAAGGCCGAGUUUGCUUACGUCAAGUUUACCGUACGUUUCCUUUGGAUUUAUUUAUUCUUGAUACGUGAAAGAACACAUCGAGAAUCAUUUCUGUUCUUUGGCAUGUGUUGCCAAGUGGAUGCAACUUUUAUCCUCAGUCUAGGCUUUCUAUCUCAGGCAGUGAUCCAUGUGAAUAUCAACCAGUGUUCUUUGUCAGGGCCGCUGGACCCAGCUGGCAGCCAAGGGCAGACCGUCCCACCUGCAGCAGAACUUCCCAGUUAGUUCCUCUGUUUUAAUCCGGUAGCCCGCUCGGCAUCCAUCCGUGCACUAACGUGAAGUAGAGUUGGGGACGGGGACCGAACCCUGACAAGCCUGCUCCCUCCGGGGAGACGAAUGUGGUCAGUUGACCCCCACGAUUCCUGAUGUGGUGUUGGCUCUUUGAAUAGCUGUCUUGAUACAAAAGGGCAUAGGCGUGUUCUGUUCUUGGAGGAGCAGCAUUGUUUCACUUUUAAAAAUAAGGUCCAGAAAUAAGGCCUCUGAAAAGUCUGAAAGGAGACCUCAGAAAGGCAACUGGUGUAAGGGGGGUGGGCGCUGAGGUGCCACACGCCUGUGCUCCUCCCAUCAGGACACCAUGAGUCCGCUGCUCACCCCCUCUCUGGAGGUUGAAUGUACGACCUUCACACUGUGCCCUCAUCCUCAUCUAAGCCAGCACGUUCAGGUUGGCCAGCAUUCAGGGUCCCCCUCUGUUAAAAACCCAAGUCUUAACAACAGCUGACUUCUAUAAAACGGCUCCGUGUGUUUCAGGAUCUGAAUGCCACGUCUGACCCCAGGGCCUUGCUGAACCUGAUGCGAGUCCAUUUGGCCCCUGCAAUGCCUUUCCUCCCUCCCUUUUUAGCAAUAUGGCUCUGAGCACAAAGAUUUGAUUGUAAAUCAUGUUAGCGUUUUCAGAGUUUACAGUGUCGAUUGUGCUGAAAACCACUCACUUCCUGAGUCCAGAGCCGCUCAGAUGGUAUCUUGGGGGGAAUUAGUGUUCCCCUAAUCUAGCAACCUCCACACCACAAGGUCUUUAUCUGCAGUUUAGUGAGAUUACCCAGAUAGGGAUCAAUGAUGUGUAAAGUCCUACAAGUAUUAACAAAGUAUGUCUUUAAACACAACUUGAUCAAAAAGUAAAUAUCCUAAGCAAUUUUCCCUUUUUGCUGCUAUGUUGCAGAUACAGUCUUCAAUACCUUUUCUUUACAUCUGUAUAUAAGUUAGCAAGAACUUGCAUCCAAAGCAAUGUAGUAGUGUGUGUUUGUGUACAUAUAUUUGUUCCAGUCCAGUUAAUUAGCACUUGAGACUUUUUUUUGAGCUGCAACAAUAACCCUUUUCAUUUUAGUGUGCUUUAUCUGUGAAGAUAAAAGUUCUAGAGUACCAAGUUCCAGGGGAAUAUAACAUUUUAGAGGCGCGAUUUUGUGCCUGUAGUCUCUGGGGCAUUCUUCUGCUAGCCUCCGUGUGAUGCUAUUAGAACUUCUAACAGGCAUGACCAGCACAGCACUUAACAGUUGUGUAACGGGAACCCUUGCCCCCUACCCCUUCUACUUCCCAGUUAGCAUGAGGGCAAAAAGCGGCAGAUUACAAAUGAUCGGUGCAUCGCAAUUCACGAAAGAGAGACGAAAAGUAUUUUCCCUUUCAGUCCUGUUCUUGGUAAGAUGUUAAGAGGAAGGUCCCUGUCUAAAUACUCUUAUUUUAAAAACGUUACCUGGGUGAUAUUUGAUAGCUUCUAAGAAUGGUGCUACGUAAGAGUCGCCGUUAGGCCGGGAUCCAGUUAGCCAGAUGUCUGGUUAGUUCAGGCAUCCCAGUGGCAAAGGCAACCGCUGUGACGAUGGGCAUUUGUUGAUUCCCCCUCCUGUGUCCGGGGUCUCCCUGGCUAACCACAAAACCCACGCACAGGGCCGUGCACACUUUGCUGCUGGAAUGAGGCAAGCAGUCCCCGUUGUGGCGAUAGCCGCGAGCAGAACCCAUUUGUGAAAAUUCCUCAUGGGAUGCCAAUUAUCCGAUACAAAUGCGGUGUCUUUUAAGGGGCAUGUAAGUGAAGGAAACUCAACUAAAUAGAUACCUGCAACUCAAGCUAGCUAGUAAUUUCUUUCUGAGUACUUGAGGUGAAAUCCCAAAACCCACCUUCUGAUUUUAUGCUGUACUUAUAUAUAUGUACAUAAAUGUGUAUAUAUAGAAAUGCUGAGUUCUUUUGAAUUCUGAAUGUAAAUAUUUCUUGUAAAUUGGGACCCUACCCACUCUUUCUUUCUCUUUCCCCCCUCCCUUCGAUCCUAUUUAUUCUUUUCUUGACUUCCCAUACGGGGCAUCUUAUAAUUUUUUAUAUAUAUAUAUAUAUAUAAAAGUAUGAAAAACUUCUUAGCUGAAUUUGUUCAUAUAUUUUAGGAUUCAGUUUUGCAUCUUGGCUAUAGAAUUCCUAUGUCUGUUUUGUGUUAAUAUUUUUCAACAUGCCUGAUUGUGUUUUGCAUUUUUAUUACAAAUUUUUACUGUGUGCAAUGCAUUGUAUUGGGGGGAAUGUACUUGAGUGCAAUUUCUGAUACUGUCAUUAUAUGACUAGUUAUGCUUGUUUAUGUUGCUCUUUGGAAGCUGUAGUGAGCCUGAUGUUUUCACAUAAAAAACAUUUCUUCCCAAGACUUCUUUAAGCUCCUCUAACUUCUUCAGUGCAUUUGGGAUCAAACGUAGCUCUUCGGUAACCUGACUUGCUCCUACCCUUUCCAUUCUUCAGGCCCGUACCAAAUCCUUCAUCUGUGUGGCUUUCCAGCUGAGAAGAAAAUCUUGCAGAUCUGAACCUUGGUUUGUGGCCCGCUGCCGCAGGGUUUCUGUGUUUUUGUUUUUGUUUCUUGAAUUAAACAAGUCAGGCCUCUACCAUUAACCUGGAAAAAAUAAUCAGGCAGUUAUUUUGCAGGCAGCACAGGUAAUCUGCCUCUGCUCUCACCUGUUAAGGAUAUUAAGAGCAGACGGGGAGACCGGCCCGGUACACGUGGGUCUCUGUUUGGACAGGUAACGCUGAAGAAUGUUCUGUCAGGAACCGUUGUCCUCCCAGAGAGGGCAACACAGCUGCUGUGGGGGCUUCACGCGAGCCUUCGGCCCAUAGGUUGAUUCUGCGCUGAGGGUAAAGCAGACAGUGAACUGUGGCCGGACUGGCCAGCAGGAUCCCCUGAGCUGCUCGCACCACCAGUGGACUGCUACUGGGGCAUUGACCUUGACUGGAUCGGCCACAGAUCCAGUGCCGAGCCAGAUUAAGGCCCUCUUGACAGUUAGCGUUGCCAAUAGGGAAGACCCUGGGCUGGCUCGUGAAAGUGGUGGGAAUCAUCAGACGGGAGGCAACCAUUGGGUUUUUAUGUAAAGGUUUUGCACCUUUAAGGAAAUGUUCCCCUGUAACUUUGAGGAAGGAUUGCCGUGGGCAUUUCUUGGGCCUUUUCCCUCACAUACAUGUUCCACUCACCACUACUGAACUUGGUACACUUGCCGAAAACUGAGAAGUUGUUUGCAUUUAGAUAGGUAAGUCUCGGGAACCUAGCGUGUCCUGAGUCAGGCCCUGUCAGAGAUGAGCUCCAGUGGGAAUCCCGGCCCAAACCCGCCCCGUCCUCCCCCUUCCUCUGGCGCCCGAGGAGUGGUUGAGCUUGUGCGCAGCAGUGCCGAGGGGCGACCCUCGGCGCCAGCCCCGUUCUCUUUGCUACUGGCAGUUCGGGCCGCCUCCGGGCCCGAGGGUCAGUCCACAGGCCCCUCAGUGAGGACACCCCAUCCGUCCUUCCGCCUCCCCUCCCCACCUCCGCCCCAAGGGCCUCUCUUGCUAUGACAGUAUUUGUGGCACUGAAGAGGAUAGAAGCUUGAGCCUCCUUUCUGACUUCCCCUUUAGGGGGCAGAGAGCUUUUUUUCUACGUAGCACAUCUGCAGUCUCACCGCCAUUAGAAAAAACUCAUCCUGUUCACGGUUUAUACUGAAUUUGCAAACUACUGAUAAUUAUUUUUCAAUAACCACUUGUAUCUACCAUCAACCAUGAGAGGUGGGAAGAGGUACGCCGCUGUAUCUCUGCAAUAAAACUUUUGCCAGGUUCUACCUCCGCUGAGCAAAGGAUACUUUUAUACGUAGGCAUAGAUCUUCCUCCUUUACCGAUCUGACUUGGUGCAUCUUGAGACAACGUCUGAUGGAAUCCAAAGACAAUUUGAAAACAGAGGUGGAUGUAAACUCUUGGUUGUUUUUAUUUGGUUCUCUUUUUUUAAAUCUCCCUUUUUAUAUUGCUACUCUGUCUUGAAUGUCUGUCAGUGUACGAAGGGUACGCACUGUUCUGAUGAUACUGCACUGCUCCGUUCAGCCUUCCGUGAUGAAAACAGUACCGAGUGUCCAGAAAUGACUGUUCCAACCAUUUUGAUGUGUAACUUUAAACAUUGGGUCUCAUGCAAUAAAAAUGUGUCGGCUGCAUUUAGCGAGGUUUACCCUCGCAAGUAAAAAACGAUCAACCAUGAAGCAUAACCAAUUCUGUAUUUAGUUUUUUGUUGUUGUGGUUUUUGUUUUGUUUUCUUUUUUUGUAAGAUUCUUAAAUAAAUUAAACUGGCUAAUA